AUGUCCGCUGACCCGAGUGUCACGGUCGACACCAACCCCUCUGCUCCGUCCGGGAGUCCAUCGAACGCGCCUCAUCCGUCCCAGCAGAACCCCUCGCCUGCCGCGGGCGCACCCCACAAUGGCACUAAAAACGGGAAGGAUGAUGCGAAACCUGGACCUGAGCAAGCUGGAUCAAUAACAAACCCAAAUGGGGAAAAGCCCAGCGAGACGCAGGAAGACGUGGAUGAUUUCGGCCUCCCCAUUCGACCCCGCGCCACCCCCAGCCGGUCUGCCAGCAACCCCCCCGAAAAAAAGGCUCCCCACGUACCUGACGAAACCCGUGAUACUCCUGCGAAGGCUUUAACUGGUAGCCAAGCUGAGAAGAGUACGCCCGAACCGGAAGCUUUGAAGGACAAGGCGGAGCCCAAGCCUCUAGCUACGGAGCAGGCUCCUGAGAAACAAGCGGGACAAAACGACCAAAAGCCUGAAACUCAGGAUUCUCAAGCUCUACCUGUGAACAAAUCGCAGACCGCGGAUACCUCUGCUCAGCCGCGGACGUCCAAGUCAAAACCAAGAACUUCGGAAGUAUCAGAAUGGUCGCAUCAACGACUGGCCCAGAAGCACCAGGAGCCAGAAAGUGAAAGCGAAGAAGAGGAGGAAACCGGGGAUUGGAAAGCGAUGCCGGCUCUCGGUGAGCUCGACUACUAUGAUGAUACUGGGAGGCUUAUUGCGCGCGGCGCGCAACAAGAGGAUGAUGAUGAGGCCGUCUACAACGGUCUAGGGGGAGCUGGCAAAGGCUAUACUCGAGUUCAGCUCGACGAAGAUGCGCAGUCUGCCACCAGCUUGGACGAGGAUACGAGCUACCUUUUCCGGGAAGCCGGGGGCAACUCCGUUGGCGUGGAAGGCGAAGAGCUCCGCGAUUCUAUCAGUCAACUCCAGGCCACCAAAGAUUUUCUCAAUGAGAGUCAAAAAAUCGCAUAUGUGGGGGUAGUUCGAUUGACUAUUCACUCGAUGAACCUGGAAUUGGGCAAAGUACCUACGACCAAGUCUACGCGAAAGACGAUCCAGAAAGCGCUGGACGGUAUGAGAAAAUGGGGCCAGGCCAUGAUGGCUCGCAUUUAUGUCCACAUGGAUAUUGAUCCGGCGGAGCAAAUCAUGAUCGAGCAACUUGCUGAACAUGGCGUGCAGCCCGAAGAUCUUGUCCGGCCUCUUAUGCAGAAUGCUCGUGUCAAGAACCCCAUGGCCGAUGAGGGCGCCUCGAAAGAUUCCGCUUCGUCGACCACGUCACCCGGAUUGAAAGACGAUCCUCAAAUAAGGCUAUCUACCGAGACCGAUAUGUCUUCGGAGCUCGGUUCUCCGCCGCCAUAUGAAGCACAUGAGAACGAGGAGCUGCCCGAAGUCCGCACGCCCUCUCAGAUGCCGACGUCGAACCGAAUUGAUAUUGAUCUUCGGUGGACGGUUCUAUGUGACCUCUUUCUUGUGCUUAUCGCAGAUUCGGCGUAUGAUUCCCGAUCUCGAACUCUCCUGGAAAAAGUGGGUGCUGCUAUGGAUGUAACAUGGCUUCAGAUUUCCCGUUUCGAGAAACGCGUCACAGACGCCCUUGAAAUGCAAGAGCGGGCCGAAAAGGAGACCUGGGACGAGACUGAACAUAUGGAGAAGCGUCGUCAAAUGUCCAUGAAGCGCAAGUUCAUGGUCAUGGGUUUGGCGACGGUGGGCGGUGGCCUAGUUAUCGGUCUCUCGGCCGGGCUGCUGGCUCCCGUCAUCGGUGCCGGCCUUGCUGCUGGUUUUACAACAGUAGGGAUCUCUGGGACUAGUGCAUUCUUGGGAGGAGCUGGUGGCACUGCUCUGAUCGCGUCAAGUGCCACUCUGAGCGGCAGCGCCAUCGGUAUGAAGGCCUCGCACCGGCGUACUGGUGCGGUUCAAACUUUCGAAUAUCGGCCACUUCAUAACAACAAGAAGCUCAACUUGAUUGUGACCGUCUCUGGUUGGAUGACGGGCAAGGUUGACGAUGUCCGGCUUCCCUUUAGUACCGUCGAUCCGAUCAUGGGUGAUAUCUACUCCGUCUUGUGGGAGCCUGAGAUGCUUCGAAGCAUGGGUGACACCAUCAACAUCCUUGCCACAGAGGCAUUAGCCAACGGUCUGCAACAAGUGCUUGGCAGUACUGUUCUGAUGGCUUUGAUGGCCUCUUUGCAACUCCCUCUUGUUCUCACUAAGCUUGCGUAUCUGAUCGAUAAUCCCUGGACCGUUUCGUUGGCUCGCGCCAAUUCUGCAGGUCUCAUUCUAGCCGACUCUUUGCGAGAGCGGAAUCUAGGAAACCGGCCAGUGACUUUGCUCGGAUUCUCCCUCGGUGCACGAGUGAUCUUUUCGUGUCUCAAGGAAUUAGCCGAUCGAGGUGCCCAUGGCCUUAUCCAAAACGUGUAUCUUUUCGGAUCUCCGAUGGUGGCGAACAAAGACGAGUAUCUUAAAGCUCGCAGCGUGGUCUCAGGCCGAUUUGUGAACGGAUACUCCACGAAUGAUUGGAUUUUGGGUUAUCUCUUCCGGGCCACGAGCGGCGGUAUCAUGCGCGUUGCCGGCCUCGCGGCUGUGGAAGGAAUCCCGGGCCUGGAGAACUUUGAUGUCACUCAACUGGUCAAUGGCCAUAUGGAUUACCGUUCUGCCAUGCCUCGCCUCUUGAGGGAGGUUGGCUGGGAAGUUCUGGAAGAUGAAUUCGCGGAAAUCGAAGACCCGGACCCAGACAAUCAUGCCGAACGACAGAGAGAGCUGAUCCGUGAGAUCGACGAGGCUCGCCGCGAAGCGGAAUCAAAACCAGAGAAGAAACGGUUCGGUCUUUUCAAGCGGGGCAAAAUGGCAGAGAAGAAGGGAUGGGAGACCUAUGAUGUGGAACGAAAUAAUGCGCCUCGCAAUUCCAGCGAAGCCCAGAGCGCACCCGGCAGCGUCCUUUUCGAUAUUGAGGCUAUCCGGUCCGAGCUGGCCUCGGAAGCGAUUGAGGUCAAGCAAUUGGAAUCGACCCUGCCUCCGAUGAAGCUGGAUCUCAACCCCCCUACCCCCUCGGAAUCAUCACCUGCGCAGACCUUAUCUCCAAGUGGCCAGGAUCCCAAGACUGCCGCAUCUCCAUCCGUUCUUCGGGCUGCAUCGGAGCCACAGCUGAACACAGCCCCGUACUCUCCCUCGAAAGAUGAACCUGAAAUGACCUUUGAUACCUCCGUUCACGAACCCCCCAAACGCACCCCGGAUUUUUCCACACGACCGGAGCUGCGAACAUCUUCUACCAUGCCUGAUAUUGCAACCACGGCUGUUGGCGCCAUGGCCCUAGAACCCAAUGCCUGGGCCGAUCAGGACGAACAUGGAGGCGAGAUACAAAUGACGUUUGAGUAA